AUCUCUACAGUGAAUGUGAGAGAAUGAUAAAAUGGUGCAUUCGUCGAUCAAACCGGGCCACACAUUUGAAGCCAGAAAUUAAAUUAGACAUCCACCAUUUUGUUUAUUUUUGCGAAAAUACUUCGUAAGUCGAAUACGAUAGUGAGGUUUUUAGAAUUCGUCGCGGUUAUAACGUUAAUUAGUUAUUCUGGCAAUGAUUAUAAGAUUAGGAAUGUGCUAUUAGCGUACACUGUGCUGUCGGGCCCUUGUGUUGAAAUUUGCAGACAUCGGCCGCGCCGCUAGUAAACACUCUUUAAAAAUUAACAUCCUAUCAUCCAAGAAAAGUAAACGCCCGGCUGCGGAGGGUGCUCGAGUCGAUGAGAAAGGUCCGUUAAAAUUCGUUCAGCGAAUUUUUAGCAAGCCCAAAGGGAAUUGCUCCCUGUCGUUAAAGGAAAUUUCUAAGAGUUGUGGGCGACAGUCCUCGGUGGCGCGCCCGGCUAACAUGAAUCACACACCUGCACCCGACAGGCCACAGCAUGACCCUCACGUGAACCAAGUCGAGGAAAUGGAGACGCAGGAAGGUGAGCUACUGGAAACUGUUGACACGUGCACAGAUAAGAUUUGGAUGGAAGAACUUAUCAAGGGACCCAAUGGGGGAGUCGUUAUGAGUGAUGUUAUGAAAAACCAAGAAACCUCAUCUACUGAUAUGCCGUUGGCGUGCUUGGACGCUGAGAUGGAAGAUGAUGAAGCGAGGUCGGAGGCGACCUUCAGGUUCACAGUUCAUAACUUCCGCAACCUGAAGGAUUCUGUCCUCUCACCUCCGUGUUACGUCCGCAACCUGCCGUGGAAGAUCAUGGUUAUGCCUCGCCAGGCACCAUCCCCUGACCGACAGCAGCAGAAGUCUUUGGGUUUCUUUCUUCAGUGUAACGGGGAGAGCGAGUCUUCAUCGUGGUCCUGUCAUGCAAUGGCCGAACUGCGACUCCUCUCCCACAAACCGGAAACUGAGCCGUUCUAUAGAAAGAUUCAGCAUUUGUUUUAUAGUAAGGAAAACGAUUGGGGUUUCUCCCACUUUAUGUCAUGGAAUGAUGUGUUGGACCCCGAGAGGGGUUACAUUAAGGAUGACUCCAUCACACUGGAGGUCCACGUCACUGCCGAGGCACCCCACGGGGUCUCCUGGGACUCUAAGAAGCACACCGGCUACGUUGGUCUUAAGAAUCAAGGAGCCACCUGCUAUAUGAAUUCCCUUCUUCAAACUUUGUAUUUCACCAAUCAGUUGAGGAAAGCUGUAUACAAAAUGCCCACAGAGUCGGAUGACAGUACACGGUCUGUAGCUUUAGCCCUACAAAGAGUGUUCUACGAAUUGCAAUUCUCUGAUAAACCAGUCGGCACUAAGAAGCUGACUAAGAGUUUUGGUUGGGAAACUCUGGAUUCGUUCAUGCAACACGAUGUACAGGAGUUUUUGAGGGUGCUGCUGGACAAAUUGGAAAGCAAGAUGAAAGGUACCUGUGUGGAGGGAACCGUGCCGAGGCUGUUUGAGGGGAAGAUGACUUCGUACAUUAAGUGCAAGAACGUUAAUGUAUCCAGUACGAGAGUCGAAACCUUCUAUGACAUACAACUCAACAUUAAAGGGAAAAAAAACAUCGAUGAGUCGUUCAAAGAUUACAUCAGUACUGAGACCCUGGACGGUGAGAACAAGUAUGAUGCUGGUGAGCAUGGGCUGCAGGAGGCUGAGAAGGGUGUCAUCUUUGCUGCAUUUCCGCCGGUACUGCACCUGCACCUCAUGAGGUUCCAAUAUGACCCCAUCACAGACAGCUCGGUGAAGUUCAACGACAGGUUCGAGUUCUACGAGCACAUCAACCUGGACGCGUACCUGCAGGAGAAGCCGGAGACGCCCGCCGACUACACGCUGCACGCGGUGCUGGUGCACUCGGGGGACAACCACGGCGGACACUACGUGGUGUUCAUCAACCCCAGGGGCGACGGGAAGUGGUGCAAGUUUGACGACGACGUGGUGUCACGCUGCACCAAGCAGGAGGCCAUCGAGUACAACUACGGCGGCCAGGACGAGGACAUGGCGCUCACAGUCAGGCACUGUACCAACGCGUACAUGUUGGUGUAUAUAAGGGAUUCUCAAUUAAAGACUGUGUUACAAGAGGUCACCCAAGCAGACAUACCAACGGAACUCAGCGAACGACUGGCGGACGAGAAGAGAAUAGAAACCAUCCGUCGCAAGGAGCGCAACGAGGCACAUCUCUACAUGAAUGUGAACGUGGUACUAGAGGAAGCCUUCGACGGACACCAGGGGAAUGAUUUGUACGAGCCGGAGAGGGCUCACUGUCGCGUGCUGAGGGUCCGGAAGCAGGCCACGCUAGCAGAGCUGCUGGCCGCGCUGUCUGACCACUUCCGGUACCCGCGGGCUCAUCUGCGACUGUGGCCCUUCAGCGCUCGCUCCAAUCAGACGUGCCGCCCGACCUGCCUGGACGUAGCCAACGACCAGAACAAGACCAUAGUGGACAUAUCAGAGAACAUGAACCCUUGGAGCGUGUUCCUGGAGAUGUUGCCGCCCGACUCGGGGCUGAACGCGCUGCCGCCCUUCGACAAGGAGAACGAUGUGGUGCUGUUCUUCAAGUUCUAUGAUCCGAAACAGAAGAGGAUCCACUACUGCGGACAUCACUACUUACCGAUCGCGAGCAAACCGGCGGACCUCAUACCCAUCCUUAAUAAGAGAGCGGGCUUCCCUCCAGACACUCCUCUGAACCUCUACGAAGAAAUCAAACCGGACUUUGUGGAGAAGAUCAACAACUACAACGAUCCCCUCGAAAAGGUAUUGGACGAGCUGAUGGACGGGGACAUCAUCGUGUUCGAGCGAGCCGAGCGCCACGACGACCUGGAGCUGCCCACCUGCCAGGACUACUUCAAGUACAUCUUCUACAAGGUGGAGGUGCAGUUCGUCGACAAGACCGUGCCCAACGACCCCGGAUUCACGAUGGAGCUGUCGAUGCAGAUGCGUUACGACCAGAUGGCGCGUGCUGUUGGUCAAAGGCUGAACGUGGACCCCUUCCUCAUACAGUUCUUCAAGUGCCAGAAUUGUGCGAACUGUUCCAGUUACAAGGACACCCCGGGGAUGCCGCUACGUUACUCGUACGACGGCAUCCUCAAGGAGCUGUUGGUGUACUGCAAGCCCAAGUGCCCCAAGAAACUCUUCUACCAGAUACUGUCCAUCAAAGUCAACGAGCUGGACAACAAGAAACAGUUCAAGUGUCUCUGGGUCGGCCCGAAUUACAAGGAAGACAAGGAGCUAAUUUUAUAUCCCAAUAAAGGCGGCAAGGUGUCGGACAUACUAGAAGAGGCGGCCAAAGUAGUGGAAAUGUCUCCCGAGGGCUCUGGAAGGUUAAGGAUCGUGGAGGUGUCGUGUCACAAGGUGCUGCCGGGGCCGGACCCCGAGCUGACGCUGGACCAGGUCACCAUCUCCCCGCCGCGCCUCUACAGGAUAGAGGAGAUACCGCGCGACGAGAUAGACUUACAGGAGGAUGAGAUCCUGGUGCCGUGCGCUCACUUCCAGAAGCAGGUGUACUCGACGUUUGGGAUACCUUUCUACGCUCGUCUCAAACACCACGAGCCGUUCUCGGCGCUCAAAGAUCGACUGCAGAGAAAGUUGGAUGUUCCGGACAAGGAAUGGGAGAAGUACAAUUUUGCAAUAGUGACGAACGGCCGACCUAAUUAUAUAAGCGAAGGAGCUACGAUUAACAUUUACGACUUCCGGACGACUAGUAAUGCGAACGCGACGGGUCGGCCGUGGCUGGGCUUGGAACACAUCAACAAAACGCCCAAACGCUCGCGUGUCAACUACCUCGAGAAACCCAUCAAGAUCUAUAACUGAUCAUACGGACACACACACAGACACACACAGACAGACACACACACGCGCGGCGCGGAGGGAAACGGACCGAUGGAAGGAUUGGGUUGCUUGCAUAGAAACGAUCCCGUCUCGGCUGAGCUCUCACUAACAUAAGAGUAACCAAUGUAACAGACAGCAUAGACAUAGAAAACACGGGGGGAUGUUGCGGGCGAGCUGUGGCGGGCGCGGCAUCCCCCUGUAGAAUAUAUUUUGUUUAUUAUUAUCGUUACUGUCAUUUUAAAUUACCUCACACAUAGCGACCGGCGCCGUCUCCGAGCACGUCUGUGAGGUGUACCGUGUGGGGUCCGUGGAGCGAGCUGGUGUGUCGAACAGCAACCGUACAUAGAACUGUUUAUAUUGAGAUGAGCAACCGCCCGGCCUCGCCGCGACGGACAUCCGCUUAGAUAUACAUAUAAAUGUAACAUACAUGUGUAAUUUAUCAGAAAUAGCCUUAACACGCCUUCACAUUAGAUGCGACGCUGCCGACGUCCCGGGAUACGCCGCCGACGAGAGUUACUACCGGGGUUGAGCGAGGAGCGGACGUAUCGCGGGACGCGGUGGCGCCGCUAGCUAGUUAACGGACGAAUAUCACGAGAGAUUAUGCAGUACUGUGGCAACUUAUGGUAAACGCAUCGGUAGGUUAACCCCGACCGAGAUAUAGGGGGGUGAGAUCGGUUGGUCACAUCGGCGACGGUGACUCGACUGAGCAGCCUUGGCUGACACACGUCACGUUUUAUGUACAUUUUAUACGCGAAUAAAGGGUGGCAUGGAUUUUAAUUCUGGUAAUGUUUGAUUUGCUGAUAUAUAUAUUUAGACAAAAUGUUGUCUCGUUCAAUUGAUAAUAGAAAAAUAUUACUAAUUUUUAUUUAAAUAGAUUCUCAUACUGCAGCAUCGGGUCAAUUAGUAGAUGUGAGCCGUGAAGGAUGAAUGGGAUUUGUUUUUACUGUCUGUUAUAACGUUUUAAAAGCCGCUUUUAAAGUAAAUUGUUGUAUAAUUUGAAAUCUUUGUGCAUUUCAUGAGUGUCUAUGAUCAUUAUAAUAUUAUUUUUUAUUAUUUUGGGCCAUUUUUUUUUAUCUGUCAUUUUUGAUUUUAAGGCAUUUACAGUCUGUUCCGCCGAGUCACCGAUCAUGUACACCCGCGGAGGCUUGUGACGUCACUCGUGGACGUCACUGCGUGGUCGGGUGUACGCUAUAUAUAAACACGUCGCCGGCUGAGAGCCGGUCACUGAAUAUGUGCUAUUUAAUUUUUUUGUACUUGACCUGCCACAAAAAAAUGUUGCUCUAUUAAUAAAUGAUUAUGUCGAAAUUAUGUAUAUAUAUGAUGUAAUAAAUUAAGAAAUAAAAAAACAUACAGUAAGUUUUCGUAACGAUGCCUUAGACGUCUUAAGACAUUUUUUAGUGGUUUGCGAUGAUACUGAAUUAUUUAUAUAAUUUAAUUCUCCCGAACACAACUCGUUCCCGACACUGACCGCGAGGGCGCGCGUGUGCGGGUUCUGUUUUUUUUUUAUUAUUUUCGUUUAAUUUAACAACGUGUGUCGGUUGCACUAUUUUCUUUAACAAUACUUGUGGAUGCAGAGCGGCUCGCUACAUCGGCCGCGUCUCAUAUGUCGGGCAAAUGGGAUUAUAGUCUUAGCUAAUUUUUAACUAUAAUCGGCGACAUGCCUCGAUACGACUGUACACAGCUUGUACGCAAACUAUUGGAGACUGUACCAAUGUUUGUUGUUGGAUUUUGAAUGUUUCUCUGAAUAUAAUCCUAUAUUUGUUUAA